UCCAACGGCCGCCCAGACUCCGCGCGGGAGAGGAGAGCGCGGCUUCCCGGGCGCGCCGAUUGCCGCCUGCGCCCGCGCCGCAGCGAUCCCGGGGCACAGCACCUACGCCGUUCCGCGCACAGGUGGCGCCACGUAACCUUGACCCCCGUGACACCCCCGCAGCUCCCGCGGACGCACGCUGGCAGCGACUGGGUCGCAGGGGCGCCGCGAGGCGGAGGAGCCCCGCACAUCAUGCAGCCCCUUCCGGACUGGCCCCCAGCGUCCGGGGCCCCACGGCCCUCUCCCUUCCCGCACCCGGGACUGCACGCCCUCCACCGCCUGGCUCGAGCCCUGCUCUUCCCGGCUUACUGGGCCCUGGACCGGCUGCUGGGCUGCUGCGCGCCGACCGCGCGCCCGAGCGGCCUGCGGCGGCUGAAAGCCGCUGCCGGCGCUGGGGCCGCGCUGCUGCUGCUGCUGGUCGCCCUGCCCCUGGCCCUGCUCGGGCUGCCGCUCUGGCUGCUCCUGCAGACCUGGCGCCGCCCCUUCUGCUACCAGCCCCCGCCGCAGUGCUGGGAGCCCCCAGCGCCCUGGCGCCCCCCGGCCGAGCCCGCGCGCUGCUUCAGCUUCCUCAGCGCCAACCUGUGCCUGCUCCCCGACGGGCUGGCGCGCUUCAGCAACUUGAAGCACAGCCAGCGGCGGGCCGAGGCUGUGGGCGCCGCGCUGCUCGCCGGCCUGCGGCCCUCGCGCUAUGGGGCCACUGGCAGCAGUCCGCCGGGGCCGGGGGCGCCCUGCGGAGUUCUGACAGCCGAGGUGCCGGCAGGUCUGGAGUUCGUGUGCCUGCAGGAGGUGUUCGACCUGCGCUCGGCGCACCGCCUCGUGAGCCGCCUAGCGCCCAGUCUGGGCCCGGUGCUGCACGACGUGGGCUCGUGUGGCCUGCAGCCCGGGCCACACCUCAAGCUGCUCGGCAGCGGGCUGCUGCUGGCCUCGCGCUACCCGCUGCUGCGCGCCGCCUUCCGGUCCUUCCCCCACGCACGUCGCGAGGACGCGCUGGCCUCCAAGGGACUGCUUUCCGCACAGGCGCAGGUGGGCAUCCUGGACGGGCGCCGCGUCGUGGGCUUCCUGCACUGCACGCACUUGCAUGCGCCGAGUGAGGACGGGCCCUUGCGCUGUAAACAGCUGACGCUCCUACUGGACUGGAUCGAGCAGUUUGAAGCCGAGAGCCGCGAGAGUGGCGAGGCCGUGGCCUUCAGCGUGCUCCUGGGCGACCUAAACUUCGACAACUGCUCCUCAGACCACGCGCAGGAGCAGGAGCACCAGCUCUUCAGCCACUUCCGGGACCCCUGCCGGCUGGACACGCGCCGGGAUCAGCCCUGGGCUCUGGGCACAAUACUGAGCACCUCCACCCUCCGCCACUCGGUGGCCUGCUCCCCGGAGAUGUUAAGGAGGGCCCUGGAGCAGGAGGAAGGGCGCCUCCGCUACCUGGCGGGCCCUCUGGGCGGAGGCCGCCGGGCUGAGCCCUGGCGGGGCCGGCGCCUGGACUACAUCAUGUACCGGGGAGCGGUCGGAGGCCCGCUGAGCCCAGAGGUGGAACAGGUGACGUUCAGCACCGCCCUGGCGGGGCUCACAGACCACCUGGCCGUGGGACUUCGCCUCCGAGUUUCCGUGCCCUCCUGACGCAGGCUCGCAGGCGACAGUUGGAAAGACGGACGCGGACGCAGAGCGGGAGCCUGGCCGGCUGCCGCGGGAACGCGGUGACUUCGCUGUUUAUUGUGGGGGCCCUCCCUCACACCGCCUCCUGGGCUCUGCGGUACUCGUAGACGCUGCCGCGCUCAGAGAAGGCUGGGGGCUGCGGGGGCGACCCCGGCGGUGGGGCGGGGUCCUCCGGGUCCCCGUAGCCGCCCCCGCCUGGUGUGUGGAGGCAGAACACGUCCUGUGGAGCAGAGGGACAGGCUCACUGCGGGCAUGGACGCCCCCAACCCUGCCUCUCGCUGCAGUCCCAUCCCCACCGGGGCAGCGCAUUCAUGGCGGCCGGCCUGGCCCACGGAGGCCCACUGCGCGCCCUCUCCUUCGGAAACCAAAUUAAAUUCAGACGCUGGUUAUUUUUGCAA